ACCAUAGCUGCGGCCCUCAGCUACAAGACGCCGUUCUCCGCCCCACUCGAGCGCCAAGACGAUAUGGAGCGCGCCAAGCGCGCCCUCGCAGCCCCCCCGCCCGCCGCGGCCGGCCCCGGCGGCGCCGCGGCGGCGGGCCCCAGGAGCAAGGGCGGCAAAGCCGGCCGCGGCGGCGCGCGCCCCGCGGUAGCGGCCGCGGCGGCGGCUGCACCUGGCGGCUGGGACCCGGCGGCGUUUGCGGCGGGGCAGCAGUCGGACCACUUUGUGCUGAUUGCGGCCUUCGAAUUGUGGCGGCAGGCGCGGGCCAGGGGCGGGCAAGGAGAGGCGUCGAAG